GUUCUGUUACAACUCUGCUAUCAGCGCCUGUGCUCGAUCGGCGCAAUGGCAUUUGUCCAUUAGCCUAUUGGACGAGUUGACAUCAGCUGAAUUAGUUCCGACCGACACAAACUACAACUCAGCCAUCAGUGCAUGUGUGAAAGGCGGCCAGUGGGGACAAGCGCUCUCCCUUCUUCAGGAAAUGAUGCAGAUCAGAUUGCCUUGCACGGCCUCGAGCUACAGUGCGGCAAUGGGCGCUUGUGAAGGUGCAAGCCAGUGGCAGUCUGCCCUGGAGUUCCUUGAGACGAUGGUGGCAAAGGAGCAGCUGCAGCCAGACACCAUCAGCUGGACUGCCGCCAUGAGCACUUGUUCAAAGGCGACACAGUGGGAAGCAUCCUUGCUCUUAUUGGCAGAGAUGCAGAACCUUCGCCUUUCUCGCGAUGAAUAUUCCUUUAACGCUGCCAUGAGCGCUUGUGAAAAGUCGAGCAGGUGGGACAUGGCUUUCAGUGUGUUCGAGACCAUGAUGGACUCAAAAGCUUCUCCAGGGCUCAUCACCUACAACACGGCAAUUGGGAGUUGUAAAAGGAGUGGUGAGUGGGAAAGAGCUUUGCUGCUCUGGCAACACAUCGCUGCAAGUGCUUUAGUUCCAGAUGUCAUCACCUACAACUGUAUCAUUGGGACUUGCCAGGUGGCAAGCCAAUGGGAAAAGGCAUUGCAUGUCUUCAAUUUGAUGAACAACCAAGAGAAAGAUGGCUCAACUUUCACGGAGCUGGCCUUAGCCUUUGAGAGGGCGAAGGAGAGAAACCUUUGCCAUCGGCGUCUCUGGAGGUUUUCCUUGGAGCUCUUGUCACAGGUGCGACAUCUGCAUAUGGUGCCUGACGGUACAUUGUUUGGAUCACUUGCAGGGGCUGUAGGGGCUGCUCGUGGGAAGGAAGUGGCCAUGUCCAUGUUGAGGGAACAACUGAGCUGGUGGCGUGAGAUGGACGAAGGAAUGGAUGAUGACAACCUGGUGGUUGCAGCAGAGGUUGAUGUCGUUGAAAGAAGACCAGGUGUAGUGGUUUUGAACAAACCUGCGGGACUCAGCAUUGAGACUCUGCUGCAGCAAGCCUUUGGCAGUACUUGGGCUCGAAAGGUACAGACUGUUUCGAGGCUUGAUUAUCCCACCUCCGGUGUUGUGCCUGUGGCCGCUGGACCUGACGGCUCCCUUGCUUGUCAAUGGCUGCAAGCACAGUUCUCAGCAAAGCUCGUGCAGAAGGAGUAUUUGUGCUUGGCAGAGGGCCCCUUCUUGGGAGAGGUGGGCGAAGUGGGCCGCAUCACAAAGCCUUUAAGAACCACAGGUGUCGACUCACUGAGAACAGAGGUCUCAGACAUGGGUCGCUUUGCAUCGACAGGAUACAAGAUAUUGAAGCGGUUCAAAGCUUCCAACCAUGGUGAACUGAAGCUGGUGCUUGCGAUGCCAGAGACUGGACGCACUCACCAGAUUCGGGUUCACUUUGCCAGCAUCCAGCAACCUCUUCUGGGAGAUGAAACAUAUGGAGCGAAGCUCGCGUUGACAACGCCUUCUUUUUACAAGCGUUGUCCACGCUUGUUCUUGCAUUGUCGCAGGAGAGGAAGGGAAGAAUGA